AUGUCUCAAAAGAAGAGAAUUUUAACGUUGAAAGAAAAAAUCAAAAUAGUGGAGUUUUACACUAAACAUAAAGUUAGUGCUCGAGUCUUAGGAAAAACAUUUAAAAUUGGUAAAAGUCAGGCGGCUACCAUCGUAAACAAAAGAAACGAACUUCUAAAAGAAUGGGAAACAAGCGUUAAUGUCAAUAAGAAGCGCACUUUCUUCAAACCUGAAGGUCUAAAAAUUGAUCAACGCUGCUACGAGUGGUUCAUCAAAGCAAGAAAUAAAAAUAUUCCACUGUCUGGGACAAAGAGACACAACAUCACCUUCAAAGCAGUUAGUGGGGAAGCAGCUAGUGUAAAUCAAGUAGAUGUGGCGGAGUUUGAAGAAAAACUUCCUUCAUUGAUACGCGGUUAUGAUGCACGUGAUAUUUUCAACGCGGAUGAAACAGGGUUGUUUUUUCGGGCAUUGCCCACUAAAACUUUUUCAUUCAAGGGUGAGAAGUGCUCCGGCGGAAAACUGGCAAAAGAAAGAUUGUCUAUUCUACACAAUGUGAAUAUGGCAGGGGAACGUGAAAAAUUAGUCGUCAUUGGUAAAGCUGCUAGACCGAGGGCUGUUGGAAGAAUUAAUUUAAACACUUUACCCGUUUCAUGGUAUUCUAACCAAAAAUCUUGGAUGACAUCCGACAUAAUGAGUGACUAUCUGCAGAAAUUUGAUAGAAAAAUGGCUUCUCAAAAACGGAAGAUGCUUCUUUUUCUGGACAAUGCGGCAUCGCACCCCAAAACAAAAACUUAA